CCCUCCCACUCCGGGACCGCCUCUCGCGCUUCGUUGUGCCUCGCCGCCGACGCAGCGGCAUUGUCAGCCAGGGCGCGCGAUGGCGGUGAGCCCAGAGCUAGAGGGCUUGCGGCGCAUCGCGCCUUCCCGCUUCGUCUCCUUCGCCUUCCCAAACCCUUUCCUCGGCCACGCCUCCAAUCCUUACGGGGGCGGGGACGACGGCGACGCGGGGGAGUGCGUCCGGGUCGCUGUCCUCGAUUCGCCCCUCCCCGCCCCGCCCGUCCCGGCGACGGCGGCGAUGCUGGUCCCGUCCGGCCGGCACCGCGACUGGAUCUUCUCCACGCGUGCGGGCCACCUCCACCUCCUCCUCUCCGCCACCCGCUUCUCCCGUCUCAUACUCGUCGGCCCCGAGCUCUCGGCGCCUUCCCCUCGGGUCGUUUCGUGCGCCCGUCGCCGCCCAGACCCAGACCCAGACCCUGCCCACGCGCGGCUCCUCCCCCUCCUCCUCGCUCUCUGCCCCGUGGCCGCGUUUCGGGGCAACGCCGUCCCCGACGUCCCGCUGCUCACCUUCCAGGACGACCUCCUCCGGCUUGCUCCUAUCGAGUUCGUCGCCGGCCCCGUCGUCGGCGAGAUGGUUGUCGAGGAUGUGGCCGUUGACUGCAGCCCUAGUCGUCCAGCUGAACUGCGCCGCAGGCUGCGGUUCAAGCGCAUGCCCUGCCUUGUGCAGACCCAGGUGCGCCUGCGUCAGUCACACGCGUCGCCGUCGCUGUCGCUGGAAGCACUGGAAGGCUCAUCAGGUGAGCUGCUGCAGCCGGAGGUGGGUGGACCGCUGGCUCAGCCUUACCUCCAAGCCAUGGUUGCUGGCCUCGCAGUGACUGCGCCGUCCAUCGAAAAGAGUAUUCAGUCAGGUGCUAGGCCUAGGUGCCUCUGCGCCGGCGUUGGAGGUGGAUCGCUCCUCAUGUCACUCAGAGUGGGGCUCCAGUUCGAUGUGCUCGGCAUAGAGGCCGACGGCGUCGUCCUGGAUGUCGCAAGGAGCCAUUUUGGGCUGGUGGAGGAUGAGUUUCUCCGCGUCCACGUCGGUGAUGCCAUACAGACGAUAGAGGGUUUCGCUGCUGGGCAAGGGGAGCCUGGUAUGAACUUCAGCGCGGUCAUGGUGGACCUCGACUCCUCGGAUGCUAUGUGCGGCGUCAGCGCACCGCCGCUGGAGAUGGCUCGUGGAAGUGUCCUCCUCUCCGUGCGCACAAUCCUAGACCAUCACGGACUUUUGAUUCUGAAUGUGAUUCCACCUCCUGCUGAUAAGACCUUCUACAAAGCGGUGACUGAUCUUCUUCGCCAAUUUUUCUCAGAGCUGUACGAGAUUGAUGUUGGUAAUGGCGAGAAUUUUGUUCUUGUUGCGACAGUGUCACCGGUCGAAACCACAGCUACUGGUGACCCCGGGCAGUUUCUGACUGAUCUGAGGAAUUCAGCUGGGGACUUUUUGGAACGUAUAAGAAAAAUUUGACGUUCUUAGUGAUCAUGUGGUGUUGCCUCCAAAAGGACAGUUC